CUACAUAAAGGAGCCCUGUUUUACCUGGAGAGAGAAGUAAGCAGGAGGUUGGGCCAGUGAGUGGUUGUGCUACAAAGGACAGACUCAAUUUUUUAAAAGGAACAAGGAUAUAAUACAUCCACUGUUAAGAUCUGCUUUCAGGAAUGGGUUUCUCCCUGCCUAGUUUCCUCAAGUGCUGCAAAAAGAAAGCCAGCAAGGACCUUGUGACUUCAACGGCAAACACAGAUGAAAACACAGAACGUGGAAACUGGUCCAGUAAAUCAGAAUAUCUCCUGUCUAUGGUGGGAUAUGCUGUUGGCUUGGGCAACGUCUGGAGAUUUCCAUAUCUAACGUUUCAACAUGGAGGAGGUGCCUUUCUUAUCCCAUAUACCAUCAUGUUGGCUCUAGCUGGGUUACCGCUCUUCUUUCUGGAAUGUUCCCUUGGUCAAUUUGCCAGUUUAGGACCUGUGGCUGUGUGGAAGAUACUUCCAAUCUUUGAAGGAGUAGGAAUUACAAUGGUCCUCAUUUCAACUCUAGUCACUAUUUACUACAAUGUCAUCAUUGCAUACAGCCUGUACUAUUUGUUUGCUUCAUUUAGAAGUGUGUUACCGUGGUCGGAGUGCUUUGAAUGGUCUGACAGCAAGUGCAGCAAAGUACCUAAAGGGUUUUGUAACAUUAUUCUACAGCCAGGACUCACUGAAAGUGUAAAUCUUACCUGGGUCAACGAAAACAAUUACACAUGCUUGGCAAACACGACUGUGUUUAUUGAUACCGAACUUCCUAGCAAACAAUAUUGGGAUAAAGUGGCACUUCGCCGAUCUAGUGGACUUGAUGAAACUGGAAAUGUUGUCUGGUAUCUGGCCCUGUGUCUCCUCUUGGCAUGGAUAAUCAUUGGUGCUGCCUUGUUCAAGGGUAUAAAGUCUUCUGGAAAGGUGGUGUAUUUUACGGCUAUAUUUCCAUAUGUUGUACUGUUCAUUCUGCUGAUACGAGGGGUUACGCUGGAAGGAGCCUAUGAUGGAAUUAGUUUUUAUAUUGGAACGCAAUCUGACAUUUCAAAACUGGCUAAUGCAGAUGUUUGGAAAGAUGCCGCUACCCAAAUUUUCUUCUCUCUGUCAGUGGCAUGGGGCGGACUGGUAGCUCUCUCGUCUUACAACAAAUUUCAUAACAACAGUUAUGGAGAUGCCAUAAUGGUGUGUGUAACUAACUGCCUCACCAGUGUGUUUGCGGGAUUUGCCAUCUUCUCUAUACUUGGUCACAUGGCUUUUAGAGCACAGAAACCAGUAAAAGAUGUUGUGGAUUCAGGAUUUGCAUUGGCAUUCAUUGCAUAUCCAGAAGCUUUGUCACAGUUGCCUGUGGCCCCACUCUGGUCAAUUCUGUUCUUCUUUAUGCUCCUCACCUUAGGACUUGAUUCUCAGUUUGCCUCUGUAGAAACAAUUACAACCACCAUUCACGACGCAUUUCCUGAGAUGAUGAAGAAGAUGAGAGGUGUUAUUACUUUAGGAGCCUGCAUUAUGUUCUUCUUACUUGGGCUUGUCUGUGUUACUCAGGCAGGGAUCUAUUGGGUGGAUCUAAUUGAUUAUUUCUGCGCUGGAUGGGGAAUACUUAUUGCUGCUAUUCUUGAAAUUGUUGGAAUUUGCUGGAUUUAUGGGGGAAAUCGCUUCAUCGAAGACAUUGAAAUGAUGAUUGGGAAAAAGGGUUGGCCAUUCUGGUUAUGGUGGAGAAUCUGCUGGUUUUUUGUAACUCCCCUUCUGCUAAUGUCUAUUUUAGUCUGGUCCUUGGUUACUUUUGAUUCUCCAAAGCAUGGUGAUGUUGAAUAUCCAGUCUGGGGAGUUGUCUUGGGCUGGUGUAUGAUCGUUUUCUGCAUCAUUUGGAUACCAAUAUUAGCAAUUGUAAAGAUAUGUAAGGGUCGUGGAUCUCUUCGGGAGCGUUUUUGGAAGAUCUGCUCCCCAACAGAAGACUGGGGUCCUGCUCUGGAGCAGCAUCGCACUGGAAGAUACAAAGACACAACUAGAAUCCAGAAAAGUGACAAUUUGGAAAUUCCUACAAUCGAAGGAGGAUUGUCUGGAUAUGACAACAAAGCUUUUUCCUAAACUUACUAAAAAGAAAAACCAAGAAUGGAAACUAAAUGCUGCAAGUAGCUUUGGCUACUAUGUGAUUUUAUUUUCAAC